UAGUGAUCAGUUAUGGGCUUACCAUAGCACAGAAAUAUUACAGUCCAUAAUAAAUUGGGCUGAUAUUUCCAAAUCAAAAUAUAUAAAAAGCACAAAAUAAUCCAAAAUCUAAAAGCACUUUUUCCCCCACCCCUGAUUCCAGAUAUUUCUUCUGUUCCUCCAUUUUUUCAGCAGGAAUGGCUAUGAACUAUCUUCUAUCCUCCCCUUCAACCAUACUACACAACCAACCCAAUUACCCAUUCUCCCCUCUCAAUCCAAAGCUCGGCCAAUUUACCACUCUACCCUCACGAAAACCCAGAAUUACCACCACCACCACCAUCGUCCGAUCCAAGGGCGGCGACGACUCCGCCGACGCGCCGGACCGCCUGAUCUCCGCCAUCACCUACUUCUACCCCUUCUUCGACGGCGUCCAGUACGGAAAGUACGUAAUCACACAGUUCUCGCCGCUACAGACCUUCAUCCAGCCGCUGGUGCCGGCAAUCAGAGUCUUCAAGAGCUUCCCCUUCAACGGAUUCCUGGUGUUUCUGACGCUAUACUUCGUCGUGGUGAGGAACCCUAAUUUCAGCAGGUACGUGCGGUUCAACACGAUGCAGGCUAUUGUUCUGGAUGUGCUGUUGAUUUUCCCCGACCUGUUGGAGAGGACUUUUAACCCUAGGGAUGGUGUUGGGUUGGAUUUGAUGAUGAGUUUGGAUAGCACUGUGUUUUUGUUCCUGUUGGUUUCGUUGAUCUAUGGCUCUUCUUCCUGUUUGCUCGGCCAGCUCCCCCGAUUGCCCAUUGUUGCCGACGCUGCUGAUAGGCAAGUCCCACCGUAAACUCUAUUUUUUCGAUAUUGAUUUUUUUUUUAUGCGAAUUAUCCAAUCUGUUGUGUUUUAGGGUUAAGAAAAUCUGUAACAAAUUACUAGUGAUUGGUUAAAGAAUUUUUCCCGCCGUUUACAAGAUAUAUCGUGAUUAAUGAAUGCCGUUCUACUGCAUUUUUUGGAUAA